UUUUAGCUUAGAAGAAGAAAAAGAGGAGAAAGAGAAGAGAGAAAAGAGAAAAUGUGUGGAAUAUUUGCAUAUCUGAAUUACAAUGUGAACAGAGAGAGGAGAUACAUCUUGCAGGUUCUCUUCAAUGGCCUUAGAAGAUUGGAAUAUCGUGGUUACGAUUCAGCUGGGAUCGCCAUCGAUUCUUCUUCUUCUUCAUCAUCACAAUCUCAAUGCUCCUCCAAUUCCGAUCCUCCUCCUAUUGUGUUCCGUCAAGAGGGAAACAUCGAGUCUCUCGUUAAAUCCGUUUACCAAGAAGUAGAUGAAGUAGAAUUGAACUUGGAAGAAUCGUUUUCUACUCAUGCUGGAAUAGCGCACACUCGUUGGGCCACUCAUGGAGAGCCUGCACCUAGGAAUAGUCAUCCUCAGACAUCUGGUCCUGGAAAUGAGUUCUUGGUUGUUCAUAAUGGUGUUAUCACUAAUUAUGAGGUUUUGAAGGAAACUCUGGUCAGACAUGGCUUUACCUUUGAAUCUGAAACCGACACAGAAGUCAUUCCCAAGCUUGCAAAGUUUGUUUACGACAAAACCACAGAGGAAGCAGGUGGUCAGGAUGUUACCUUCAGUCAAGUUGUUCUGGAAGUUAUGAGGCAUCUUGAUGGAGCCUAUGCCCUUAUUUUCAAAAGUCUUCAUUAUCCUAAUGAAUUGAUUGCUUGCAAGCGCGGUAGUCCGCUGAUCCUAGGUGUUAAAGAAUUGAGAGAAAAUAAAGACAAUGGUUCAGCAUUUGAGGAUAACAAAUUCUUAUCAAAAGAUGGCCAGCCCAAAGAAUUGUUUUUGUCCAGUGAUCCCCAUGCUGUGGUUGAGCAUACAAAGAAAGUGCUAGUUAUUGAGGAUGGUGAAGUAGUUCAUCUCAAGGAUGGUGGGGUUUCUAUUUUAAAGUUUGAGAAUGACAAGGGAGAACGUGGCACUCCCUUUUCCAGAGCUGCUUCAGUGCAACGUGCAUUAUCUGUUCUUGAGAUGGAAGUUGAGCAAAUAAAUAAAGGACAUUAUGAGCAUUAUAUGCAGAAGGAAAUUCAUGAGCAACCAGAGUCUCUAACAACCACAAUGAGGGGGAGGCUGAUACGUCGGGGAUCUAGCAAAUCCAAGUCUGUUAUGUUAGGUGGACUGAAGGAUCACCUCAAAACCAUUAGGCGAAGUAGAAGGAUAGUUUUCAUUGGUUGUGGUACAAGCUACAAUGCUGCUUUGGCAGCUAGACCCAUUUUGGAAGAACUUUCUGGUGUUCCUGUUACUAUGGAAAUUGCAAGUGAUUUAUUGGAUAGGCAGGGACCAAUAUACCGAGAAGAUACAGCCGUUUUUGUUAGUCAAUCUGGUGAAACUGCAGACACUUUACUUGCACUGCAAUAUGCUUUAGAUAACGGUGCAUUGUGUGUUGGGAUAACAAACACUGUUGGUAGUGCAAUAGCAAGGAAUACACAUUGUGGUGUUCAUAUAAAUGCUGGUGCUGAGAUAGGUGUGGCAAGUACCAAGGCAUACACGAGCCAAAUAGUAGUUAUGGCCAUGUUGGCUCUUGCAAUAGGAGGUGAUACAAUUUCCAAUCAAGCGAGAAGAGAAGCUAUUAUUGAUGGUCUAUUCGACCUGCCAAACAAGGUCAGAGAGGUGCUGAAGCUUGAUCAGGAGAUGAAGGAUCUAGCAAAUCUAUUGAUUGCUGAGCAGUCUCUUCUUGUUUUUGGGAGAGGAUACAACUAUGCAACUGCUCUGGAAGGAGCUUUGAAAGUAAAGGAAGUGGCACUUAUGCAUAGUGAAGGGAUACUUGCUGGUGAAAUGAAGCAUGGGCCUUUGGCUUUAGUGGAUGAAAAUCUUCCAAUUGUUGUUAUAGCUACACGUGAUGCUUGCUUCAGCAAACAGCAGUCUGUUAUUCAGCAACUUCAUGCACGUAAAGGUCGCCUGAUAGUUAUGUGUUCAAAAGGGGAUGCCGCUUCUGUAUGUCCUGGAGAAUCUUGUAGGCUAAUUGAAGUUCCGCAAGUUGAGGAUUGUCUUCAACCUGUAAUUAAUGUAGUCCCAUUACAGUUACUAGCAUAUCAUCUCACAGUAUCGAGGGGAUUUAACGUUGACCAGCCUCGUAAUCUUGCCAAGAGUGUCACUACUCAAUAAAGAAGUUUCAUGAACACUUCAAUUCUGUCUUGGACAUAUAUCUGGGUGGCAUACUAGCGCAUCCUAAACUAAAAGAUUUAGGCUCCCUGUUUUAUUUACAUAAAACAUUCUCACCAGUCAGAAUAGAUAUCAAUCAUUUCCUGAGGCAUUUGAUGUGUUUUUUUAAUAUGGUCAUUACAUCCUUGAUGUAUUUGGUUUGCUGAAUCGCUUAUUUUGGUUGCUGGAGCUCGGUGGCAAUCACAUAAUUGAAGUGGUAUUGUUUAACGUGAAAAUCUUUUAUAGCAUGGCCUUGCCUUUUGCAGAAUUAGAAACGGGGUUUAAUCUCUC